AUCAAAUUCUAUGAGAAUAUUCAUCCGCUAGAAGUUGAAGUCAAAGACCUCAGGGAGUGGAACAAGUCUUUAGAAGACCAGGUUGACAAAUGGAAACAAGAUGUUUACAAGCUACAAGAGAAUUUGAAUGCUGAACAUAGGGAGAGGGUUCAUUUAGAAACUCAAAGUAGAAAGCUGACUUUGGAGCUUACGGAUGUGAAGUCUUCCAUUCAGCAAGGCGACUAUAAGAAAGAAAACUAUGACCGUAUUCGGAGGGAGCGUGAUGAAUUGGAACAGGAGCUAAUGGAGACGAAGAAGCAAUACGCAUAUGUGAGUGCCGCGCACCAAGCGGCUGCAAAGCAAAGAGAUGAGAUUCAAAAAGAGCUGUCAACUGUUAGACAGGAGUUGAACCUGUUGGGCCAGGAUAAGGAAUACCUAAGUCGUCAACUGUCGGAUCUUACAAGUAAAUACGGAUUCGCUGAAGACAAGUUAAGCCAAGCUUCCAUUGAAGUUGAGCGCAUCAAGAAGGCUAGAGAAGAGUUGUAUGAAAAAUAUGUUGAAUCCAGGGACCGCUUCAAAGCUGAGUAUGAGAGUAAACUGAGAAGGGAGUUGGAUGAAAUUCGUUUGAGAACGGAUGCAGAGGUCGACAAGGUCAAAUCCUCCACAAAAGAGCUAUUUGAACGCGAGAAUAGAAAUCUGCGUGAAGCAAGGGAUUCAGCAUUUCAAGAACGAGAGAGGGCGCUUGAAGCCCAAAGAGAAUCAGAUACUAAGUUUGAAGACAUGCUGGCAUCGUAUCGUAAGCUGCAAGUGGAGUCGGAUACAAAGACUUCCGAUCUACAGAAUGAGCUUCGUUUGAAAACCUUUGAUGCUGAGCGCACUCAGAUGCUGCACGAGGAAACACUGCAGAACCUUAAGAAAACUCAACUAGAUUGUGAUAAACAUCAAACCAAAGUGGAGGUCUUAACAAAAGAAUUCUAUGGGCUUCAGACUUCGUCAGAGCGACAGAUAAAGGAGCUGGAAUCAGAGAUUGCAGAAAAGAAAUCCAAAUUGGAAAUUUAUGAGAAGCUAGAGCAGGAGUUGGAUGAUGUUGUGAUGCAGGCUGCAGAGUUUAUCAAAUGCCACAAGUUUACUUGACCAAGCACAGCAGCCUUACCAUUAUCUGAUAGAGAGCAUCCGUACACGAGACUCGCAGAUUGAUAAACAUUCAGAACAUAUAUCAAUACUGGAAGAUGAUAUCAGGUCAUUAAAACAAGAGCGAAAUGAAAUCAACAGAACAAAGAAUCAAUUGUCAGCGGAUAUGGAAAGACUGUUAAAUCAACGACAAGAAGUAGCUGUAAUGAAACAAAUAGUACUAAAUUUAAGCAAGCGAAGAAUGGCCGACUCAGGUAUACAGUCCAAGAAUACGACACGUCAGUCGUCACCCGCCGUCAGCCCACGAUCAGAUCACCAUAGAAGGCAUCCCUUGACAAGUACUGCUAGAGAAAACGCAUCAGACAACCCACUGCCAACUGUGUUUACAAAAGAAAGAACAAGCCAGAAUUUUCAAUCCAAACCGACGCCUACAUCUCGAAGACUGCCCCUACACUGAAUUCAUGCACACCAGUUUCAGUAGAACCACUUUGGAUGUGCUGUCCAUUAAAAACAACAUUUUUAUUGCAUUAAAACCCAUACAUUAUUAUUUAUUUGAGCUUGUUUUAAAACAAAGAACUGUUAAAUUGUU